CGGCUUCGUGCAUCCGGUAGAUGGUGGCCUGCGAGGGUCGUUCUUAGCCUUAGCUAGGGCUGUGAGUUAGCUGAGAAAACAAAGUGAAGGAAAACUAGACCUUGGCAGGUCUGACAGCAGCAGCGCUGCACGACGAUGGACAGCGAAGUGCAGCGAGACGGAAGGAUCCUGGACUUGAUCGACGACGCCUGGCGGGAGGACAAGCUGCCGUACGAGGAUGUCACCAUACCCCUGAAUGAGCUUCCUGAGCCCGAGCAGGACAACGGCGGCACCACCGAGUCCGUCAGAGAGCAGGAGAUGAAGUGGACGGACCUGGCCUUGCAGUACCUGCACGAGAACGUCCCCCCUGUCGGAAACUGACGCUCCGCACGCCACCCUCUCUCCCCCUGCCGGCUUUUUGUUUUUUUAAACAAUACAUGCAUGCUAAGCA